CGAACGAACUACCUUAACACAAACACACAAUUUCGCAGAAAAUGAGCUUCGCGUCGUUAGUACCGCUGCUCCUCCUGGCCUCGGUGCUCGGAGCCGCCGCUCAGCAGAGUGGGGGCAUUGGCAGCUUGAUCAGUCGGGACCUGUUCAACGAGAUGCUGAAGCAUCGCAACGACGGGAAUUGCCCCGCCAAAGGGUUCUACACCUACGAUGCCUUCAUCACGGCCGCGAAGUCAUUCGGCGGGUUCGGGACGACGGGCGACACGGACACGAGGAAGCGAGAGAUCGCGGCGUUCUUGGCUCAGACAUCGCAUGAAACCACAGGCGGAUGGGCAAGUGCACCGGACGGUCCAUAUGCAUGGGGAUAUUGCCAGUUGCGAGAGCAAGGCAAUCCUCCAGACUACUGCGUUGCCAACCAGCAAUGGCCUUGUGCUCCUGGCAAGAAAUACUAUGGACGUGGUCCUAUCCAAAUCUCUUACAACUACAACUACGGGCCAGCGGGGAAAGCCAUCAACUCUGACCUACUGAACAACCCAGACACGGUUGCGACCGACCCCGUCAUCUCAUUCAAGACGGCUCUCUGGUUCUGGACAACGCCGCAGUCACCGAAGCCCUCAUGCCACGCCGUUGCUGCUGGCCAGUGGCAGCCAUCUGCCGCGGAUACCGCAGCUGGGCGGGUCCCUGGGUAUGGGGUCAUCACCAACAUCAUCAACGGUGGGCUCGAGUGCGGGAAGGGCUCGAACCCGCAGGUGCAGGACCGGAUCGGGUUCUACAAGAGGUACUGCGACUUGCUGAAAGUGGGAUAUGGCAACAAUCUGGACUGCUACACCCAAAAGCCAUUUGCCUAGUUCUAUUACUAAAUCAAAUCAUUGCUCAUGUACUGGUGAUCAAUAAGCUGAGAUGUACAGCUGGAUUUUUAUCCACACAAGAAAGGACUAAAUAAAGGAUAUUGACCAUCCUAUUAUCUCAAUGAAGUUUGCAGAAGCUGUGCAACAUGUGCAGCUAGAUUUACAAUCUGUGUGCACCAUGAACUUAUCAGGAAACUAGAGAUAUGAGGCUUUAAAGUCGAAUUUCACCUAG